CCUUCCCUCUCUGACAGCUAAAGUUGUUCCCGGUUUGAAAAGGAUUCUUUCUGCUCCUGAAACACACGCAAGAGGAGCGAGGCUCUACCUGCGCCCAUCAGCUGUAGGGGCACAUCGGGAUUUUAACACCGCCUUGAAACAGCAGUACGACGCACUUCACAGACUAAGACUUAACUCCUGAGCAAGUAAAGGAGCAAGGAUAAAAUAAUUAAGAUAAAAGAAGACCGGCGUCAUAAAGCGCACCUGAAAGUUUCUGAUUCCUCGAGAAAAGACUUUCAUCGGCCCUUACAGGCUAUUUUAUGGGAAUUGGAUUGCGGGCACAGUCCACCUAAGAAGUGAAGGUAAAUUAUGACCACCUUGUUUUUGCUGUGUGUGUAUCUGCGCGUCAUCGCAGCGACGAUAUACUAUGAGGAAUUGUCAGGAACGGACUUUGACAACCCGCUGAGUGUGAGCAUUCCUGUAGAGCAGCCACUGCGCCCCCUGCUGGGGGGAAAGCUGCUCGUGCCGUGCUACUUUCAGGACAACACUGUCCACGAUCCCGGCGCGCCCACCAUUGGCCCUCUGUCCCACCGCAUCAAGUGGAGCCGUGUGACCAAGGACAAAGUGACAGACAUCCUGGUGGCCAUGGAGGGCGAAGUGCAGAUUGAAUCAACGUAUUUAGACAGAGUCACCAUGGUCAACUACCCCAGGGUGUCUACCGACGCCUCCAUUGAGAUCACGGAGCUACACUCGAAUGAUUCCGGCACCUACCGCUGCGAGGUCAUGCAUGGAAUUGAGGACAACAAUGACAAUGUUGAGAUCCAGGUGCAAGGGAUCGUGUUCCACUACCGUGCCAUCUCCACCCGCUACACGCUGACCUUCGAGAAGGCCAAGGCCGCUUGCAUCCAGAACAGCGCCGUGAUCGCCAGCCCCGAGCAGCUCCAAGCCGCCUACGACGACGGAUUCCACCAGUGCGACGCCGGCUGGCUGUCUGACCAGACUGUCCGGUACCCUAUUCAUGAGCCGCGAGAACGUUGCUAUGGUGACAAGGAUGAAUUUCCCGGGGUCCGAACGUAUGGCGUGCGGGACGUCAAUGAAACCUACGAUGUGUACUGUUUCGCAGAAAAGAUGUCAGGCAGAGUUUUCUACUCCUUUUCUCCGGAUAAAUUCACCUUUACUGAGGCGAAGGAGCAGUGUGUGAAACUGGGGGCACAGUUGGCCACAACCGGCCAGCUGUACUUAGCCUGGAAGGCAGGCAUGGAUGUGUGCAACGCAGGCUGGCUGGCAGACAGGAGUGUCCGGUACCCUAUUAACAUCGCCAGGCCGCAGUGCGGAGGGGGACUUCUCGGGGUGCGCACGGUAUACCUCCACCCAAACCAGACCGGCUACCCCCACCCAGAGUCCCGCUAUGACGCAAUCUGCUACGAAGACGAAGAGGAGGGUUCGGCCAUGACUACGACCUUUUCAGACCUGCAGACCACCACCGAGGCAGGCAGUAGCCUUGUGAGCAUGGCCACUGUUACCGACGGCCCUGAGGUUUUCCUCAGGAACGCCACCAGGGAAAUCGAGCUGAAGGGUGAGGUGGUGACGCAGGAGCCAGUGAACAUCACGGGCACGGACGGAAUGGAGACCGUGACAUCGGACCUCAUUGGCGCCGGUGACAAUGUUACCGAGUUACCCCUGUCCCCACCCCCGAGCAUUACUGAGGACUACCUGAACAUCACCGGCAUUGAAGAGGAGAUCAUCAUUCAAGCGACUGCUGUGCCUGGGCUAGAAGAAAAGAUUACUCCUGAAAAUUACACCGAGUCUGUGCCUUCUGUCACCGGUGUUGUGUUCCAUUACCGCACCGGCUCCAGUCGCUACGCCUUCACCUUUGUGGAAGCCCAGGUAGCGUGCCAGAGCAUAGGCGCGGUCAUCGCCAGCCCCGAGCAGCUCCAAGCCGCUUUUCAGGGCGGCUUCCACCAGUGCGACGCCGGCUGGCUCCUCGACCAGUCCGUGAGGUACCCGAUCGUUUUUCCACGAGAAAAAUGCUCGGGAGACUUGAAUCAGGCACCUGGCGUCAGAAGCUACGGCCUGCGGCCUGCUGGUGAGCGGUACGAUGUGUACUGCUACAUCGACAGCCCCAAAGGAGAGGUGUUUCACGUCAGUUCGAGUGAGGGCUUCACCUACGACGAGGCAGUGAGCUACUGCCUGGAACAAAAUGCCACUCUGGCCUCCACGGCUGAUCUGCACGCCGCCUGGAAGCAAGGCUUUGACAAGUGUCGCCCCGGCUGGCUGAGGGACCGCAGCGUCCGGUAUCCAAUCAACAAGCCCACGCUCCAGUGUGGGGGAGGGAAAGCAGGGGUCCACACUGUCUAUAGCUUCCCCAGUCAGACAAGCUACCCAGACCUGUACUCCAGAUAUGACGCCUACUGUUUACGGGUUGAUCUCAUGGCACUUAAUGAAACCAAAUGGAACAUUACGGGGAUUGAAGAGGAUCUGAUCAAUAUUACAUCCGUAACUGAUCUCCGAAAACCCGUGAGUCCCUCAAUAGCUCCUCCUAUCUCUGUUGAUAUCUCUGGCUUUGGUUCUACGGACCUGCCUUCUGGUGGCAGCGGCACCUCUGGGGAGAGUUCUGGGUCUGGGAGUGCAAGCGGCGAGGCGUCUGGCACUGAAUCAGGUCUGGGUGAAGACGUUUCUGGAUCUGGGCUCAGCGGAGAUGGGUCUGACAUUCGGGUGAUUCUCCAGGGAAGCGGCGAGAUGCUGUCUGGUGAGGGAUCUGCAUCUGGGAAGCCCCAGGAAGCUGGAGAAGGAAGUACUGGGAUCCUGAUAUUAACAUCUGGGACAGGAUCAGGAGACUGCAGUGGAUUUCCUUCAGGAUUCAGCGAGGCCCUGUCAGGAUCAGGGAGCGCUUCAGGAUUCAUUCCUGAAGAAGGCAGCACUGCAAUAUUUAGUGGUUCAGGAGAGAGUGGAGACUUCACGGGUGUGGCAUCCGGGUCAGGUACAAGUGGGGACCUCUCCGGAUACAGUGGGAUACCAUCUGGAUUUUUACAAUCUGGGGACAUCAGUGGUUUCUCUGGAGACCUUGAUGGUAGUGGGGAUUCCAUGAUUAUUCUGCUAGAUGGCAGUAUGGUAGAUAAAUCCGAAUCCCAGACCUCUACAGAAGAGGGUAGAGGGAAGGUGGAAUUCAGUGGUUCGGGAGAUAUGUCAGGAUUCGGAAUGAGCGGCUUCUUCAGUGGGGACGUCACUGGCCUCGGAUCUGGAUUCAGCGGCUCUGCAUCUGGAAGUGGCACUGAAUUACCUGAAGUGACCCUUUUGGACUCUGAUUUCAUUCAGGUGAUAAAGCAACCAGUAGAAGAGCAAGAAGCUUCUGGACUUAUGGAGUUUGGCUCUGCGGUAUGUGGAGUUCAUUCCGGGGAUUUUUCCGGUUAUUCUUCUGGGGCUUCCGGUAUUCCAGAAAUGAGUGGGGCUUCUGGUCUUCCUGAUGUGAGUGAGAUUCCAGGUCUCCCAGACAUAAGUGGGGAUUCCAGUCUUCUUGACCAGAGCAGUACUUCUGGUCUUCCAGAUGCGACCAGUGCUUCCGGCCUACCAUCAGGAGAGAUCUCAGGUGCUUCUGCGAAUGGGGAUGUCGUUCUUCUUACGGAGGAGGAGAUGGUUGAGAUUUCCAUAAUCCCCAAGAUUAGCCAGGAACUCGGCAAAGGGCCGGUGGAGAUCAGUGGCGCAGGUAGUGGAUCUGUGUUUAUAUCUGGGAGCGGAGACCAGGUUGGUUCUUCAAGCGGAGUCACAUCGGGUACCUUCUCAGGAGCGAAUUCCCAGGAUCACGUGUCGCUGAUCCGUUUCUCUAAGCCUGGAGAGCAGGAGCUCAAAAGCACAUUUAUGGAUGAAAAUCCACAGGAAUCUCGUUCAGAGUUGGUGGAAUUCAUUAGCAAAUACUUCGCCACUGUUCCGGUUCCCAGUGCUGCCCCCACGCCACCAACCGUCUCUCUACCAAUCCCAGAAGUAAUGCAGGAACCUGCAUUUGCGGAUGCUUUCAUCGACCCGUGUGACCCAAACCCAUGUGGGCCUGGCUCGUGUUCGGUACGAGGUGACAUCAGGCACUGCCAGUGCCCUCCGGGUCUCACUGGAGAUGCCUGCCAACUGGACAUUCGCAGCUGCGAGGAGGGCUGGGUGAAGUUCCAGGGUAGCUGUUACCUGCACUUCCCUGAACGUGCACCCUGGCAGGACGCAGAGAACCGCUGCCAGGGCCUCAACUCGCACCUGGUCAGCAUCCUCACUCCAGAGGAGCAGGACUUUGUCAACUCGAACACACAGGAUUACCAGUGGAUUGGACUCAGCGACAAGGCCAUAGAAAACGACUUCCGCUGGACAGACGGGAGCCCGAUGCAAUAUGAGAACUGGAAGCCAAACCAGCCGGACAAUUAUUUUAACUCGGGUGAGGACUGUGUGGUAAUGAUCUGGCAUGAGAAUGGCCAGUGGAACGACGUGCCCUGCAACUACCACCUUCCAUUCACGUGCAAGAGAGGUCCUGUCUUUUGCGGCACCCCUCCCGAGGUGAAAAACGCCAGAACAUUCGGGAAGAGGAGGGACCGCUACGAGGUCUACUCGGUGAUCCGUUACCAGUGUGAAGCCGGCUUCGUGCAGCGCCACCUGCCUGUGGUCCGCUGCCUGGAGGACGGGCAGUGGGAGAAGCCGCGGGUGCAGUGCAAAGGGCCGACGGGCAGCAGCAGUGGGCAAAGUCUACGGAAAAGGUCCGUCAGGACCCAAUCAGAAUCAGCCAGCAGCACAUCCUGGGGCAAACUCCGCUAAGCAGGGGAGGAGAGAGGUUUAAAAAGAUCAUUUUAAAACGAACAAUUAUAUAAGAGUCAUUUUCUGAAAACAAAGAGAUUAUAACAUGAGUGCCCACCUUGUAUAUACAAACACCAAAACAAGUUAGACAUAAUUGUGUAGUUCAUUUGGGUUUCUGAUUGUCAUUCUUUGCGGAUAAAAAAGUGAUGAUUUUAA